UGGAAAUUUUAAUCAACAUGGCUACAACAACUAUUUUUGUGAAGGAUUUGCCUCGUACACUCACCAAAGUUGGAGAGACGAUACUGGGAGCCUCGUCUUCGGUAGCGCGAGUAAUGGAUAGCAUUGACCGAGCAGCCAGAAAACAUAUCAGUUGGCAAACUAGAUUGAAUAUUCAAUCCCAGAAUUACUGCAGCAACUGUCUGUAAAAGUUGUGGUCGCACUACCCCAUUGUUGGUUGGUGCAAGCAAGAAACAGCCAGUGAUGAAAAUACAAUGGGCCUACAAUCAAGGGCUGAGACAUUUUGGAGAGAACUAUGUUCAAGAGCUGGAGAGCAAAGCAAGAUACUUACAUAAUCACACCAACUGUACGGAUAUCAAGUGGCACUUCAUUGGACACCUGCAAAGCAAGAAAGCAAAACUGCUAACAAACAUUCCUGGCAUGUGGAUGGUGGAGACUCUGGACAGUCUAAAGUUGGCCAACAAACUCAAUUCAUACUGGGGGCUCAGAGAGAAUGGCAGUCAUUUACUGAAGGUUCUUGUUCAGGUCAACACCAGCAAGGAAGAAUCCAAGCAUGGUUGUAUGCCUGAAGAGAGUGUGGACUUGGUCCAGUACGUGAUGGAGAAUUGUGAAAACUUGGACUUUAAAGGUCUCAUGACCAUAGGGCAGAUGGGUCACUCUUAUGAUGAGCGUGGGUCUAAUCCAGACUUUCUGCGGCUGGUUGAUUGUCAUGAUAAAGUCAAGAAGCUACUCAAAAUCCAUCGACCUCUUGAGUUGAGCAUGGGAAUGUCAGGAGACUAUGAACAUGCAAUUGAGCAUGGCAGUACAAGUGUAAGAGUGGGUACAGCACUGUUCGGGCCAAGAGACGAUUAAAGUGACUUGCAUUUUUUUUCCCAGUUUUUUUCCAUCGUGUUUCAGCAUUUUGCUGCCUCCUAAUCUUACUCGCACUAUUGUUUUCAGUAGCACUAUAUAGCCACAUUGGCGAACAUUUUCAGGGUGUGCCUUCAUUAGAGACUGCUAACUGUCUAAACCUAUGGUUUAACUGUAGUUUUUUUCUAAAUUGCAUAUUUGAUAUGCAUUACAUUUAAAUUUGUGUUGUACUAUAUAAAGUAUUAACUCAGUGAUUUUA